GCGGAGCCAGCGCGGCGGCGGCCGGCAGCGGGGAGCCGGGAGCCGGCGGUGGCAGCACCAUGGGGGCCUGUCUCGGCGUCUGCUCCCUGCUGAGCUGCGUGUCCUGUCUCUGUGGCUCUGCACCAUGUCUGCUCUGUGGCUGUUGCCCUUCAGCCAAGAACUCCACCAUCUCCCGCCUCCUCUUCACCUUCUUCCUCUUCCUCGGCACUCUCGUGUCCAUCAUUAUGAUAAUCCCUGGUGUGGAGAAGGAGCUGCACAAGCUCCCUGGUUUCUGUGAAGGCAGUGUGUCAGUCCUGGGUGUCCAGACCCACGUUGACUGCAGCAGCUUCCUGGGCCACAAGGCUGUGUACCGCAUGGGCUUCGCCAUGGCCGCCUUCUUCUUCCUCUUCGCUGUGCUCAUGCUGUGUGUGCGCAGCAGCAGGGACCCGCGCGCUGCUGUGCAGAACGGCUUCUGGUUCUUCAAGUUCCUAGCGCUGGUGGGGAUCACAGUGGGAGCCUUCUACAUCCCCGAUGGUGCCUUCACCUCAGUCUGGUUUUACUUUGGUGUGGUCGGCUCCUUCCUCUUCAUCCUCAUCCAGCUCAUCCUCCUCAUUGACUUUGCCCACUCCUGGAGCCAGCUGUGGCUGCGCAACGCCAGCGAGAGCCAGGCCAAGGGCUGGUACGCAGCCCUUUGCCUCGUCACCUUUGCCUUCUACGCCGCAUCCAUUGCGGUCAUAGUGCUUCUCUACAUCUACUACACCAAGCCCGAGGGCUGCACGGAGGGCAAAGUGCUCAUCAGCAUCAACCUCAUCCUCUGCCUCGUCCUCUCUGCCGUGUCCAUCCUGCCCAAGAUCCAGGAUGCUCAGCCGCACUCGGGGCUGCUGCAGGCGUCUCUCAUCACCCUCUACACCGUCUACGUCACCUGGUCUGCCCUGGCCAACGUGCCAACCCAGAGCUGUAACCCCACGCUGCUGGUGAGGAACAGCACCAGCUCAGUCACAGCCACCCAACCGCUGACAACCUGGUGGGACGCCCCCAGCAUCGUGGGGCUGAUAAUCUUCAUCUUCUGCACCCUCUUCAUCAGCAUCCGCUCCUCAGACCACCCACAGGUGAACACUCUGCUGCGGACGGAGGAGAGCGCGGGCGGCACGGCCAUGGCGGCUGAGGAGGGCGGCCUGCGCCGGGCCUACGACAACGAGCAGGACGCCGUGGCCUACAACUACACCUUCUUCCACCUCUGCCUCCUCCUCGCUGCCCUCUACAUCAUGAUGACCCUCACCAACUGGUACAGGCCAGACGACAGCUUACAGGUGCUGUCGAGUCCCUGGACAGCCGUGUGGGUGAAGAUCUGCUCCAGCUGGGCUGGGCUCCUGCUCUACCUCUGGACAUUGGUGGCUCCACUGUUGCUGCCAGACCGGGACUUCAGCUGAAGUGGCCUCGGCCAACCUCCUGUCACCUGGGAGCCGUCGUGGCCGUGUCCCCCAAGGCUGGGGACAAAGCCAGCCCUGCCUUUAGCCUCUGUCUCUGCACUCAGGAGCAGCUCAGCUGUGCUGGGUUGUGCCUGCUUGCAGAUCUGCUGUUUUAAUUUGAAAGGGAUGAAGUGCCAAGCAGGGAAAAUCAGCAAGAGCUGAGACAGACUUGAAGAUGUUUUUAAAGCUCUUAUCUCCAGUGUGUGUUUAGUGCCUUUGGUGGUGCCUCCUGCCUCUCUUCUAGUGGACACCACCCUGUUACCUGGGGAGGGUUUGGUUUUCACCAGCUACUAUCUUUUCUCUUUGUGCCUUUUGGAGGGACUCCAGCUGUGUACCAGGACCCAGGACCUGGCUGGUGUUUCUCCUCAGCCUGGAGAAAAAUGAAUCUCAGGGCUUUGUGGGCUGGAGGCAGAUGUCCCAGUGCCUCCUCACAGCCUUGGUGGUGGCCCCAGCUCCUCUAGUGCCCUGCUCAGCCAUCCCCACAGGAGGAUGGGUCCUUGGUCCUUAGCAGAGCCCAGAUUGGGUUUCCCACAGGCUUUGCUGGCCUGGCCCCAGCACCUCACCUC